CCACCAAAAGCUAGGGUUUUGAUCUAAGCUACAUAAAAAAGUGGAGAGAGGUAGUUGUGCACUCGCCGUCUUCGUCGCCCCCCUGCCUGCUGUUUUCUGCAUCGUCUUUGGAGCUAGUACAUUUGGUUCAAUUUAAUCCCCAAAGAUGCAGAACGAAGAGGGUCAGAUCACUGAGCUUUACAUCCCCAGGAAAUGCUCAGCCACAAACAGGCUGAUCACCUCGAAGGAUCAUGCCUCUGUCCAGAUCAACAUCGGUCAUCUUGAUUCUGAUGGCAUCUACACCGGCCAGUUCUCCACCUUUGCUCUCUGCGGUUUCAUCCGUGCCCAGGGAGAUGCUGACAGUGCUAUCGACAGGCUAUGGCAGAAGAAGAAGGUCGAAGCCCGUCAACAGUAGGGAGAGGAUCUCUCCUAUUUAUACCAUUUAUGUCAUUUUGUUAAAAGAAUUUUUCGUAUGAAGAACAAAGUUUUGCCCAAUCAGAUUUGACAUUUUUGGAAGAGUAGAUUCCUCUCCUUGUGACAUAAUGGUUUAAAAGGCUUUUAUACGCUUGCA